UCCGUCAGCAGCAAAUCUGCGAGAGAGCGCGUUUCACGGGCGCUCGCCUUGGGAACAUUCGGCGAGGCGUUUCGAACCGGGGGGUGGGACCCCCCGCUCUCGGCGCCGUCGAUCAGAACCAGGGGGACCCCCCCCCGCUAACCCCCCCCUCCCGAUACCCCGAAGGGAACGGGGGGGGGAGGAGAAGUAGUGGAGGGGGGGGCGUCCGCUUCCACCCCCCCUCCAACCGACCACAGAACGCGCUGUUUGAAAUCUGCACACGACGGCGACGUCCCGUCCAAGCAGCGGCUCGCGGAGCCUCGCAGACGCAUGCUGGCAAAAUGGCAUCCGCUCGCCUGCGCAAUCAAGAACUGAGAUCGCAGCCAGGCCCACAGGCUUACGCCCGCGGUGCCAAGGCUUGCGCCCGCGAUGCCAAGGCUUACGAAACCACAGAUAAAUUAGCAAGACACGCUCGCGCGCUAUGCGCGCGAACUCUGCCCCUUCUCAUGGACUGCUGCUGCUGCUGCUGCUGCUGCUGCUGCUGCUGCUGCUUCUCUGUUCUUCUCAUGCAAGAGAAGAUCUCUUGACGCUGGCGGAGGCGGAGGCGGCGGAGGCGAAGACGGAGGCCGAAAAGGAGGAGGAGGCGGCGGAGGAGGAGGCCGAGGAGGAGGAGGCGGCGGAGGAGGAGCCCGAAGACUGCCCCUGGGGCGCCGAGACCGCGACACAAAAAAACAGCAAUGCUGCUUCCCUGGCCCCCCGGGCGCGUGGCGGGGCGACGGCCCGGGUGGCGGAAGGCUCGCUCGCGCGCGCGUCGCUCGAUGCGGCGGACCUGGCCCGAAGCAAGGAGACAAUUCGAGAAGAUUCUAUUACACCGGGCCUCCCGUUCUGUUCGUCGCGCCGAGGCGGCGGGGAGGAACGAGGGCUCUCGCCCCUUCGGGGUCGCUGGCGGGAGAGCGCGCGCACGGGGGCCGGGGGGGAGAGAGAGCAAGAUGGGCCGAGCGUCGGUGGGGGCGUCGAGGAUCGAGGAGAGGAGGGGGCGCCGAGGGUCGCGCGAAGCGGGGCCAAUGGGCCCGAGCGACUGGCAGCGCCUCUCUCCGCGGCUGUCAUUCAGGUUCUGCCCCCAGAGGGCCGAUCUAGAAGAAACGAGCUAUGCCCUGCAGGCUGCCACCGUGUCGCACUGCCGAAGACACCUUCGAGGCGCCACGUGGCUCAAGCCGUCGGCCUUCAGCGGAAGCGCCGAAAAGAAAACUCCCGUGCGACGAAAAAUCCGCCACAUGCGUGCGGUCGGCGUCGGCCUCACGAGAGAGACGACCCUGCAGAGUCUGCAGAGUGCACCGCGGCCCUUCCUCCAGCCCUGCGAGGGGUGAGCUGCUGGGCGGGCGCAGCGGUCCGAAGGCCCUGCAGCGGUGGUUCCAAGUGUGGACAAAUUCGACAUCAUGCGCACGUGCUGUCCGUGACAAACGAAUCGUGGUCACAACAACACGGGUCGAGAACCCGAGCCCCUCGCUGAAGGUCCAAAACGGAAGAAGUUCCAAGGUGGAAAGCCCAAGCACGAACACUGUUUCGGUGGUACAGGAGUGCGCCCGUACCCGCGGAGGGCGACACCAAAGAGGCUAGGCUGCCUGUACCUGAGCCAGAUGUCGCUGGACUCCGCCCAAUUGCACCUGGCUCAAAUGCUGCUCUACCUUGUCGGGGUAGAAAUUGUACCGGGUAGAGUGGGCAAGACCGUUGCCUCGCAAAGUGGCGGGCGCACUGCCCACAAAGCAGGUGCCCUCAGGCUUGCACCGAUCGCGCAGGGGACGGCCGAGCUCGGAGGAGGCGCUCGACGGCGAGCAGCCGCCUCGGACGCCGGGUGAGACGCUCAUUAGCCGCACCUGGACAAUCAGCACCCCCCUCUUUUCCGCUCCCGACCAUCCUCACGCCCCGCCGCGGCCCUGGCUGGGCUCCGCGGCGAGCUCGUUGCACCUCUCCACCUCGCGGAAGCGCUGGAAACUGGCGUCCAUCCGCUCGAUGGCGGCGUCGCGCCCGGGGUCGGCCGCCGCCGCCCGCGCCGCCAGGUCCGCGUGGCAGCUCUUCCCCGGGCAGGGGCCCGGGCUCUCGGGCUCGCUGACCUCCACGGCGAUGUCGUCGAGGAAAACGGCCUCGCCCAUCGCUCUGCAGACGUCGCCGGUGGGCAUUUCGUCUAGGAAGAGUGCGAACAGUGCUUGAGCCCACACGGCU